GUCAUAGGGCGGUCUCUGCGAGCGAAUGCCUUGGUGGGGACAGGCCAGCAUGACACUCCGCCUGUUGAAGAGCCGAAUACACAGACGGUAACUUCAGGGUGUGAUCAUGCAUUUCAUGGCUACAAUGAUGAUGAAUGGUGGUCUCGCUUUCAGGUUGGAGUUGGGCGGCGUUUCGAAUCGGGCUACUCCGUGCAGGAGUGGUGGGAUGCAAUUCGCGCAGCGCGUUCAUCCAGCGACCGCACGAUUGUGGUCAUGUACUUCUUUGGAGGGGAACGUAGAGACGGUGACGUGCAGGAACAUGUCGAAAAGCUCGCCGCGGAGGCAAACCUCAAAGUGUUGAUGAUCACAGUUGACCUUGGGUGUGCUAUGUUGACAUCAUUGUCGGGGGUCCGCCUUGCUCAACGGUGUCUCGAGCCAGGCAUCGCCGCGGAGGCCUCACCACCGCGGAAUCUGGAAGACUCCGUGAGGUGCAUCGUGAAGAGUGCUCGGCGUAUGGUCACAGAAGGUGAUCGGAUAUGCAUGGUCGCCAAGUACAAACACGUUCAGCUUGCCUCCGAGGUAACUGUCCUUCGAGCCGUGAUCGGUCUUUGGUCCUUCGGGGCACAGCUGAGGCGCGACCUGUACGCAGUUCCUUUCGUAGUAUACAACUUCAUUGACAAGUUUGAUGGCUUAACGGUCAGGCACACGUCGCCUUUGCUUUCAGGGUUUGCGACUGAGGAAUACUCCAGGGACUGCCACGUCGCGGACAUUCGUCAACGGGGACGUUGGGCAUCCGAGCAGUCGUUCAAGACCUACCUGGACGUCGUGUCGGCCGCGCACGUGCAGUCAGCUUUCCAUUUGCGGGGCGUGGGGCAAGCCCAAGCCUACAGUGAGACGCAUUUUGCUGAUUUCUUUCCUUCUGGAGUUUUCAGGUCGAGCCAUGGUUGA